AUGUUGUACUUAUUGAUAUUUUUAUCCAAAAUUGUAUGUACUAGUGAAAAUGUGGAGAAAAAAGUAUCAGGUCUUGAUGAUGUUUCCAUCAACAAUUUAAAACGCGAAUUAACUAGGGUUCAUGGCGAUUACCUAAAAAAAAUUAUUACCCAUGUUUAUAACAGGCUUGAUAAACAAUUACGGAAUAAAGACGAAAUAAUUGAGAAACAAGAUUUGCUUAUUCAACAGAUUAAAAAAAAUAAUAAUAAAGAUAUACAGAGAUAUGAAAUUGAACUUGAAAAAAAGAAUGAUUAUAUUGUAUUUCUUGAGAAAGAACGGAGGGAGAAAUCUCAGGCCUAUAGUGUAAUAAUUGAAGAAAAGGAAAAAUCUAACAAACUUUUAAAAGAAAAGUUGAGAAAACAUUUGCAAGAUUUUGUCAGAUGUGAAGAAGGAUAUGCUGAUGUUGCAGAAGGAAGCCGUAGUAAUAAACACCAAAAUUUAAAAGUCGAAUUAGAAAAAAAUACUGCAAAACAAGCAAAACGAGGGGACAAAUGUUGUAGUGAACUUGCUGGCCAGUGUCAAGAAAACAGUGAAGGAAAAAAUGAAUCGCGGCGCUCCACAAAUGAUGCUGCUUGUAAAGAAGCGCCUUGUAAGUCAAAUGAUUGUCAAACUAUUGGUACUAGUGAAUCUUCAUCAAAAAUUUCAAUGUCUAAUCAGGAAGCAGGACCAUCUUCAAAAAUUUGUAUUAAAAGUGAUAAUCCCAAACCCAAAAAAAAGGAUGAUUCUGGCUUUGUAAGUGCUGAAACUCUUAAAGAAAUCUUUAUGAAAUUCUUAUCUGAAAAUUUAUCAGGUCUUAAUGAAUCGCAAAGCCGUCCUAAUUUUGGUGAAACAAAUAAAAAUCUUAAAAAAUUAAAUAACGAUUUUUGCGGUGUUAGUUACGAAGAAUUAAAAGAGCAAUCUACUACAAAAAGAAAAUGUAAAUUUAGCCCCCAAUGCAAUAAUUUGGGUGAAAAUUAG